AUCUCUCUAUCAACUAACUGUCCAUUAAUUGCAAACUAGCUGUUCUCUCUCUUGAUCUGUUUGUGUGUGUGUAGAGAGAGAGAGAGAGAGAGAGAGAUGUCAGGUGGGAAGAAGAUGAAGGAGAAGAAAGCAGCUGCAGGUCUAGAAGAGAAGCUCCAGCUUCUACGCUCCGUCACUAAGUCAAAUGCGGCAAACGAGACAUCAAUCCUUGUAGAUGCGUCCAAUUACAUCAAAGAGCUCAAGGACAAGCUUCAUCAGGAGCCUGAGGAUGCACAGCUGGACAGCACUAGUAGUUCCAUGCCAAUGCCAAGAGUGAGUGUUUCAUGUGUAGAGGUAGAGAAUAAGAAAAAAGGGUUUCGGAUCAAUGUGUCACUGGAGAAGAGUCAACCUGAGUUGCUGACGUGGGUGCUGGAAGCAUUCGAGGAGAUUGGGCUUGACGUCCUCGACGCCGACGUGUCCUGCGCACACCACGCCGCCUUUCGCUUUGAAGCGCUUGGAAUUGGAUCCACCACCCAUAGCGAGGAUGCAGAGAGCAUGGAUGUGCAAAUGGUUCGGCAGGCAGUGUUGCAAGCCAUCAAGAAAUGCAUUGACCACCACAGCAGCGAUGACUAGUAAUUUUUAAGCAUGGCUUUGGAUCGAUGCAGCACGUAUGCAUGCAUGUGUAUGAUGAAGGUUGGCUACGUAUAUAUCAUCCAUCUGAUCCAGAAUUUGAUGGUGCAACUUAAUUGUCCUUGGCCGUAGCGCAAGCUUAUUGUCAGGAUACUAUAUUUCCCAUCUUUUAAUAAUUUGGUAUGGUAAGAAGUCAACAUCGAUGUAUAUUAAAAAAGUGUACAAGAGCAACGCUAUGUUUGUUGUUUAAUUUGUGCAAAGAAAUCAUUUACGA